UAAUGCUCCAACAAAUGAGAUUUGUCGUUUAUUUAAUAUGAUUACUAGGUCACAAAUUAUCUACAAAGGCUUCUAUUUUUUUUUUCAGUACAGAAAAAAAAUUUAUUUCACAGGAAUCACUAUCACUAGUUGACACACACUUUCUUUUCUAUACUCUUGAAUUAUUUGAAAAUUUAAAACAUACAAAAAAAAAAAAAUAUAAAUUACAAUAUUAAACUGAAGAUAAAUUUGUAAAUAAAAUGGUUAAAGAUGAUGCUGAAACAACAGCCUUGAAAAAAGAGCUUGAUGAUUUGAUUAAAAAGUGUCAGGAAGAUCAAAAAAAACAGCAAGAUGUUACGAUGGAAGAUGCUUGCAGUGCAGCUGCUGAUGCACCAAAAAUAAAAUUAGCUAUGAAAAAAUCUCUCAAGGGUCACAUUAACAAAGUCAACUCGGUUCACUAUGCCGGUGAUAGCAGACAUUGUGUAACUGGAUCAUUGGAUGGAAAAUUGAUUAUAUGGGAUUCUUGGACAGCAAAUAAAGUUCAAGUUAUUCCCCUACGUUCAGCAUGGGUGAUGACUGUUGCUUUUGCACCAUCAGGUAAUUUUGUUGCAUGUGGAGGAAUGGACAAUAUGUGUACUGUUUAUGAUGUCAAUAAUAGAGAUUCAUCUGGUUGUGCCAAAAUGACCAGAGAACUUUUGGGAUAUGAAGGUUUUUUAUCUUCAUGUAGAUUUUUAGAAGAUAAUAAACUCAUCACUGGAUCAGGUGACAUGAAAAUAUGCAUAUGGGAUUUAGAAGCAAAUAAAAAAACAACAGAAUUUAAUGGACAUGCUGGUGAUGUUGUUAGUAUCAGUCUUUCACCUGAUGGCAACAGUUAUUUGACAGGAUCAGUUGAUAGAACCUGCAAGCUAUGGGAUUUUAGAGAAGAAAAAGCAAGACAAACAUUUUUUGGUCAUGAAGCUGAUGUUAAUUCCGUUUGUUUUCAUCCAUCUGGUCAAUCAUUUGUAACAGCAUCUGAAGAUAAAACAGCAAGACUUUGGGAUCUAAGAUCUGAUCAACAAUUGGCAACUUUUACACCACCAAAUUCAAAUCCUGGCUUUACAUCUUGUGGUUUAUCACUAAGUGGAAGAUUUAUAUUUUGUGGUUGUGAUGAUAAUGCCAUUCAUGUUUGGGAUACUUUAAAAAUUCAACACAAUACUGUUUUGAAUGGUCAUGAAAAUCGUGUAACUUCAUUGAGUGUUGCUCCAAAUGGAAUGGCACUGGCAAGCUGCUCCUGGGAUCAAAGUGUUAGAAUUUGGGUCUAAAUAAUCAAUCUAAUAUUUAUUGAAGAAGAAAUUAAAAUUGAAUAAUGAAAAGACCUGAAAUGUUUGAAAUAUACAUCAGGUGCUUGUAAUUGAAUCAAUGAAAAAUAAAUACUCUGCUAUAAUUAUAAUACACAUUUAAGUAAUUAGAGUAAUGAUAUAAAUCAUCAAAUAAUAAUACGAUUGUUAAAAAAAAGAAAAACAAUAAAUUAAAAAUAUUUUGAAUGAGUUUUAAAAUUUUUUGUAUUUUUUGAUCCAUCAUCAUCAUCAUCAUCAUCAUCUUCAUCACCACAUUACAUUACAUUCAUUUACAAUAUGUUUUUUUAUUCAGUUUUUUUUUUUAUCACUUUAUACUUGCAGCAUUAUUUUUUUAUUUUCAUUUUUUUUUUAUUCAAGUGCUAUUAAAUGCUUGACAGAAAAAUAAAAAAAUCAAAAACAAUUUAUUUGUAUCAUCUGUUACAGUGUGUGUAUUUGUUUUGAUCAAUAGAUAAAUUUUUUUUGUGCUAAAAUUAUUUUGAAUCGCACUUCAGGCUUUAUUAAUUUAUUUUUUAAUUAUUCAAAUUUAAUUAGCAGCGUGCAGUUGGAUUAUAAUUAUUCUAAGAAAAAUUGAAGAAUAUUUCACGCGACUAGUUGAUGUAACAAAUAAAAAAUUCUACGACUAAUCACGUGACUACAUGUGCUAUUGAUAAUAAUAAUAUUACUGCUAUUUAAUUUUAAUCUAAUUAGCAACAUGAUCACAUUUUUAUUUGACGGAAAAAUAGAAAAAAUAAUAAAUUAAAUAAACAUAAUUAAUUUAAAUCUUUUUUAAAAAAGAUAUUUUAUUUUUAAUUGUCAAAAAAAUAUAAUUAUCAUGACUAGAUAUUAAUUUAAUUAACGUAAACAAUAGUAGACUGCAAUAAUUAGGGCUAGAAAAUAAUUUAAAAAAAAAAAAAGAAUAUCAACAAUGUAUUUUUGUUGUUUCAUUUUGUUUUUUUCUUUUGUUUUUUUACACGCUGUAAUUAAAGUAUCACAGAAAAUGCGUAAAAAUGUAAUUGAUUAAUUAAUACGAUUAUGUACAUUAUUUGAUGAUUUGAAUUAUAAUGGAAAAUGAAUAUUUUUAUUUAAAAAUAAAUAUAAAAUAAAAAAAUUUAAAUAUAACAAAAAAA